AUGUUUCACUUGGUACAAAGCUUAUAUGACUCAUGGAAUGCCCGAGAGGAAUAUUCUGUGUUAAUUCUAGGUCUUGAUAAUGCGGGAAAAACGACACUUCUGGAGGAGGUCAAGUCUCAGUACAUAACUAGCUACAAGAAGCUACCACCAAGCCGAAUUCUCCCGACUAUGGGACAAAACGUGGCUACAAUAAAGGUGAAUAAAGUUAAUUUGAAAUUCUGGGAUGUGGGUGGUCAGGAUACUCUUCGAGAGUUAUGGGAUGAGUACUAUGAAAAGGCACAUGCAAUAGUGUUCGUAAUCGAUUCGUGCGAUAAGGAUCGAUUGGUGGAAUGCUCCAACGCGUUGACUAAAAUAGUGACAAAUGACUUGGCUGAAGGUUUGCCUAUACUAAUGUUGGCCAAUAAGCAGGAUCUGGACUCGCCAGAUAAGAUGGAGUUGGCGGAUAUUAAGGAGAUAUUCAACCCUAUAGCUGCGAACUUGAAUGCACGCGAUUCAAGAGUUCUUCCAGUGAGUGCCAUAACGGGCGACGGCGUGAAAGAUUCCAUCGACUGGCUACACGUGCGAUUGAUUCGUAAUAAGGCUAAUAGACCUCCAAAAUUCCGUAUGUUGUCUGUGGCUUCGACUGUUCAACAGUUUCGAUCUCUUUUCAUACAGACUCAAGAGACACCCAACGAGAAUGCACUCAAGUUCAUUCCAAACGGUGCCACCAUCCUUCCAUCACCGAAAACGCCUACAGUAGAGAUUGAUGGCAUCAAAGAUGCUCUUCAGAAAUCGGAACUUGCCUUCAAACUUCUUAGUAUCAAUAAUAAGUGUAUAUCGUCGAUUCUGCUAGGCUAUGGCUUUAUGACUGUGGUGAAAAAGACGGCUAGAGAGAUGGGUAACGGAAAGGUUGAGGAAUGGUCUGUGUUGAAACCCCAGAUCUUUUCCAUUCUAACAGAGCAUCUUACUAUGGGAAGGCCUAUAUUAACGGAGAAAUAUUACGACUAUCUGGCCGACAAACUAGCCGCUCAGAAGCAGAAGGAAGUCGACGAUGAAGCCGCCAUCGAGGAGGAGGAAAUUGAAGGUGAAGAAGAUGCCGAGGACGAGGUGGAGAAUUUGAUUCAGGAGCUACUGACUACGAGAAUUCAGCCUGCUAUUCAAGAAGAUGGUGGUGACAUAAAGUUCAUCAAAUAUGAUGCCGAUUCCGGUACUGUUUAUCUAAAGCUUAUUGGUGCCUGCAAGUCUUGCUCUAGCAGUGAGGUUACCUUGAAAAACGGUAUUGAGGAGAUGCUUAAGUACUACAUUGACGAAGUAAAGGCUGUGAAGCAGGUGAUAGAGGACGCCAGCUCUUCGGAUGCACAGCCACCACAACAACAGCACCAGGAACCUCCCUCGAAGCAUGACGAGUACGACGAAGUUCCUCCAACUUUAUAA